GUCGGUCGCCGUACCCUCAUAUAAUUCCAUCCACAUCGCCCACUUCCGAUCGCUCUUACUCUCUCUCAUCUGCCCGCCAGCAUUCUGCGAAUUCUUCAUUUUGGUCGCCACAUAGGCCUGGGUGUUCCGCUUUAGCAGCCGUCGCCGUUUCGGCGCAAGGCUUGCCUCUCCACUCCUCUCACUGUCGCAUAUCUUUUUUGGCGUUGGCGUCCUCGUCCUCUUCCAGUUUGGAGCGAUUGUUGAAAAAAAGAUAACCCUCGAGCAGCAAUACCGUCGAUUUCCGCUUUUUACCCUCGACCCUGUAACUGCUCCUCUUGCGACUCGAUUCUUCGACUCGGCAGUCCUUUGCGACUGCUCAUAACCAACCAACCCUUUACCUUGAUCGUGAACCUAUCUCCUGGUAGACCGAGUCGGCCGUUUACGGUCGUCCGGCGCCACCUCCCCAAUCACCUACCGAUUCCUCCACCUACUACAAGACGAAAGAAAAGAUGUUGAUUAAAGGCGAGAAAUAUGCCUGCGAGGCUUGUGUACGAGGCCAUCGUGUGAGCAACUGCCAACACUCGGAUCGUCCGUUGCAACACAUAAACAAAAAGGUAGCCAUAUCCACAAAGGGUGGCAGAAAGCAUCUAAUCUGACAUAUUUCCAGGGUCGACCAGUAUCACAAUGUACCCAUUGUAGAACCCUCCGCAAAUCACGCUCUGCCCACGUUCGUUGCGAAUGUGGCAGUGAAAAGGCACACGCGAAAGGAGCUUGCUCACAAGAUGGGAGCGAUUCUCAGGGUAAGCUUUCGUGCUAUUUUCCCGAGGUAUAACAGCAGCAGUUUCUGAUAAUUUAACAACAGAUAGCUGCUGUUGCAGUCAUGGCGGUCGCUGUUUAUGUGCCCUCAAAAAGGAGCACCUAGAUCCCGUUCCCGAGUCCGACUCACACGAGCCCGUACAACCCGUAAAUGAGAGACGUAGACCCCGAGCUCAGACGGUACAAUCCGAGAAUAGCUUGACAUCCUUUGUCAAUGGUCACCAUAAGCCUGUACACAAGCAUAACACAAUGGCCCACAAAUGCGGUCAGCCUUAUACUGUCUCAAGAGCACACUCAAUCCAUGGAUCCUCUCCCGCCGGGUUGGCCAAUCGCUCCGUCGACAACUUGCCGCACACAAAUACAAUUGAUGCCUUGCAUAGCGAUUCCCAUAUCAAAGAUUCUAUCGUUAGCGCUCAACAGGAGCAGCGAAAGGUCAAGUCUGAACACGCAUCUCCUGUUGUCACGCCGGCGACGGAAGUUGAUCAAUGGAAUUCAAUGCUUCCACCAUUGGAUUUGUCCAACAUAUCGAGAGAAUAUAUGCCCAACUUAGACACAUACUCUAGCAUUACAGACCACGAACAAGCAUUAUUCUCUGCAGGCCUCGACGCAGCUUCCAUCGACUGGUCCCACUAUGAUGGACUCGAUUUCAAUAACAGCGAUAGUUUCGCAACUUCAUCUUUCAGUCAGCCUCCUUCGUUUACUGGAUAUGACUUUAGUAGUAUGGACCAGCCAGCUCUCACUACCACCUCAACCUCUGGAGAGAUAUCUGAAGUAGAAGACUUUGGAUUAAGUGAUCCAAAUACCCAAUCGUCAGUAGGAAACAUCAAGUAUGGAUCAGACUUCGAUACUUCGGACUUUGGUGGGGAAGUUGAUGGCUACCGACUCAGUACAGCUUCGUCCUUCAUGGGAAUACCCCAGAUGCAGAUGCUGGCUGGAAAUAAUGUAGAAUCUCUCGAUAUGGAGAUAUUCCUUAAAGGGGGUCUGGGUUCCAAUGGUUAUUCGACCAAUCAUGGAAUCCAAGCAAAUACCUUUUUUGAAAAUGGGAAGACAAAUCAAAACUUGUCGCAAUUCGACGACAACGUCAAUUUUCCAAUACUCUCUACUGAUGAUGAUGCUUUUUGGAUGCAGAAUUUUGUGCCCAACGUGCCAUUGAAUGAUGGCUCUGGAGAUCUACCAGACGACAUUUGGGGUCUAUGACCAUUUUGGAAAGGUACCAGGCCUUCGACGAAUUUUCGUUUUUGGAUAAAUCCGCCGAUGACCUGAUGAAAUUUUCUUGUGCAGCA